AUGGCCAGGGCAAAGCACGGCGCCGGCGGCCGCGCAAGCAAUGCGCGGAAAGACAGCGGACCUUCGCCCACCGUCCGCCUGAUGAUCCUCGGCGUGGUCUCGCUGGCCAUGACGAUCAUCCUCUACUUUUUCCGCGAUUCCAUCAAUGAAGGGUUUUUGCUGGCCUUGCUGGGCCUUCUGGCAAUGGUCGGUGUCUUUUAUCUGUUCGCCUCGGUGAUCGGGCUGGUCGCGUUUUCCGGCGAGCGGCGCGAAGGCGCCAUUGUGGACGGGUUCGUCGAAAGCCUGCCCGAAGGCGUCUGCGUCACCGACGCGUCCGAUGCGGUGAUCUUUGCCAAUGGCGCCUAUCGGUCGCUGGUCGGCGCAGCCGAAGAUGUCGAGGUGCAGCCGCCCGAAGCGGUGCUGUCGCGCCACGACGAUGCGGCAAACGCGCUUUACCGGCUGGCCAACAGCGCCACGCGCGGUCUGGAUGCGGAGGAGGAGUUCCGGCUUCUGAGCGGGCUGGGCGCAGCGCAGGGCGAGCCGCGAUGGUAUCGUGCCAGCGUGCACGUGAUGCCCGGCGGAUCGUCGGGCAAGGCGAUGAAGGCGUGGCGGAUCGCCGACAUUUCAGCCGAGCGUCUUCAGCAGGAGCAGUAUUUCCUCGAACUGCAAAAGGCCAUCGACCAUCUCGACCGGGCGCCGGCCGGCUUCUUCGCCGCCGAACCGGGCGGCCGUAUCCAGUAUGUCAACGCCACCCUUGCCGAAUGGCUCGGCAUCGACCUGACCGGCUUCGUGCCCGGCGAAAUGACGCUGUCGGACAUCGUCGUCAGCGGCAGCGUGCAAAUGCUGACCGCGAUCAAGGCCGAUCCGGGCAAGGUGCGCAGCGCGAUCGUCGAUGUCGAACUGGCCAAAUCGAACGGCGAGAGCCUGCCGGUUCAGCUGAUCCACCGGGUUCAGACCGCGAGCAACGGCGAUCCGGGGCCGAUGCGCACGAUCGUGCUCAACCGGGCGCAAGGCGCCGACAGCGCCCAGGAUCUGCGCAGCGCCGAGGUUCGGUUCAGCCGCUUCUUCAACUCGACGCCAAUGGCGAUCGCCGCGCUCGAUGCCGACGGGCGCAUCCUGCGCACAAAUGCGUCGUUCGCCGGCCUUUUCGGCGCGGUCGUCGAUCACGAUGCACUGGCGCGGCGCGUGAAGUUCGACACGAUCAUUCACGAGCGCGAUCUCGAAAGGUUCGAAAAGGCGUUCGUGGCGGCCAAGGGCAAUCGGGCGAAUAUCGAACCGUUCGACACGGUCCUGCCCGUCGAGGGCGCCGAGCGCCACGUCCGCAUCUUCGUCAACGCCGUCGCCAGCCCGAUCGGGGGGCCGGACCACGAUGCGGGCCUCGAGGAGGCGGCGAUCGUUCAUGCGAUGGACACGACCGAGCAGAAGGCGCUGGAAGCGCAGAUGGCACAAAGCCAGAAGAUGCAGGCGGUGGGUCAGCUUGCCGGCGGCAUCGCGCACGACUUCAACAAUGUGCUGACCGCCAUCAUCAUGGCGUCGGACCUUUUGUUGAGCAAUCACCGCCCGUCCGACCCGUCCUUCCCGGACAUCAUGAACAUCAAGCAGAACGCCAACCGCGCCGCGUCGCUGGUCCGGCAACUGCUGGCGUUUUCGCGUCGCCAGACCCUGCGGCCCGAAGUGCUGUCACUGACCGACGUGCUGGCCGAUCUGCGGAUGCUGCUGAGCCGGCUGAUCGGCAACGACAUCAAGCUGACGAUCGAGCACGGCCGCGAUCUGUGGCCGGUCAAGGCCGAUCUCGGUCAGUUCGAGCAGGUGAUCGUCAACCUGACGGUCAAUGCGCGCGAUGCGAUGGCUGGCGGCGGCGAAUUGGCGAUCGCCACACGCAACGUUCCCGCCGACGAGGUCGCCGGCAUGGAAACGCCCGGGAUCGAGCCGGGCGACUAUGUGGCGAUCGAAGUGGCCGAUACGGGCACCGGCAUCCCGGUCGAUGUGGUCGAAAAGAUCUUCGAGCCGUUCUUCACCACCAAGGAAGUCGGCAAGGGCACCGGCCUCGGCCUUUCCAUGGUCUACGGCAUCAUCAAGCAGACCGGCGGCGGCAUCUAUGCCUCAUCGGUGGAGGGCGAAGGCACGACCUUCACCAUUUUGCUGCCGCGGCACGAAGCCGAUGCGGAUGGGGCGGAAGAUUCGGCACCGGUGCGCAAGGAGCCGGCGCCGGAUGCCGAAAAACGCGACCUGUCCGGGUCCGCCACCGUGCUUCUGGUCGAGGACGAGGACGCGGUGCGCAUGGGCGGCGUCCGGGCGCUGACAUCGCGCGGAUAUACGGUUCUGGAGGCCGGCGACGGGAUGGAGGCGCUGGAGAUCAUGGCCGAGGCCGACGGGCCGGUCGAUCUGGUCGUCUCGGACGUGGUGAUGCCGGAGAUGGACGGGCCGACGCUGCUGCGCGAACUGCGCAAGGAUCAUCCCGACAUCAAGUUCAUCUUCGUGUCGGGCUACGCCGAGGACGCGUUCGCGAAAAACCUGCCGGAAGGAGCGCAGUUCGGUUUCCUGCCCAAACCCUUCUCGCUCAAGCAGCUGGCGACCAAGGUCAAGGAAACGCUCGAAGAGCAAUGA